GAAAUUUAUGAACUGAGAAGUCGGAUGUUCAUUGGAAUGAAGUCUCUUUUGUGAUAAAAAGCAGACAAGCUACUCCCACCGACAAUAUAUUGACAAAUGGAGGCCUUUCCUUGGAAGCAAGGAACCCCAAAGAUGUAAUCCACACAAUUUCCAUACUUUUCAUUAUUCCUUUUCCUAAAGUCUUAAUCUUUCGCAACUCUCCAACAUUAACAUUUUAGCUGCAGCCUCCCCAACCUUACUACCCAACUCCUUCCCUCCCAAUUAUUUUCUUCCUCACCCUUCAUCUGUUUCUCUCAGAUUUUUCUUCCUUUUUUUUUUUUUUUCUCUUGUACGACAUUUUCUCGGUAAUGGGUCUCAAAGUUUUCAUGAUUUUUUUCAUUCUAACCAGUACAAUUCUCCUCUCUCUUGUAUACAUUCCAACAAAACUAUCCAUACCCAUAUCAAACUUCAGACCGAUUGUGAACUACUUGAACAUACAAAAAUCUAACAAAUCAUAUCCGGCGACCUUUGCCUACCUGAUCUCAGCAUCUAAAGGCGAUUCCGGGAAGCUUAAACGUCUGCUACGCGCACUGUAUCAUCCAGGGAAUUACUAUUUGAUUCACUUGGAUUACGGUGCUCCGGCGAGGGAGCAUCGGGAUGUAGCCAAGUUUGUGGCCGGUGACCCGGUUUUCAGUCAAGUGGGAAAUGUCUGGGUUGUGAAGAAACCAAACUUGGUGACGUACAGAGGACCGACAAUGCUUACCACCACUCUUCAUGCAAUGUCAAUGCUCUUGAGAACCUGCAAAUGGGAUUGGUUCAUAAACCUUAGCGCCUCUGACUAUCCCUUGAUUACUCAAGAUGAUCUAAUUCAUGCCUUCUCUGAGUUGCCCAGAAAUCUCAAUUUCAUACAGCACAGCAGCCACUUGGGUUGGAAACUGAACAAGAGAGCCAAGCCGAUAAUAAUAGACCCAGCACUGUAUAGCCGCAACAAAUCUGAGAUUUGGUGGGUUAUUAAACAGAGGACCAUCCCUACAGCUUUCAAGCUCUAUACAGGUUCAGCUUGGACAAUACUUUCAAGAUCUUUUGCCGAGUAUUGUAUAAUUGGAUGGGACAAUUUGCCAAGGACUCUCCUCCUAUACUAUACCAACUUUGUCUCAACUCCUGAGGGAUACUUCCAGACACUUAUAUGCAACUCUAAAGACUACAAGAACACUACAGUUAACCACGAUCUCCACUACAUUACCUGGGAUAACCCCCCGAAGCAGCAUCCGAGGUCCCUUGGACUUGGAGAUUUUAGGAACAUGGUUCUGGGCAACCGCCCUUUCGCCAGGAAGUUUAAGAAAAAUGACAGAGUUCUUGACAAAAUCGAUCGCCAGCUUCUUAAAAGACGCCGCGGACAGUUUGCUUUUGGUGGGUGGUGUUCUGGGAGUACUGCAGAGAAGCACAAUACUUGCUCAGCCUUGCGAAGUGAGAACUAUGGUGUUUUGAGGGCUGGAGCAGGAGCGAGAAGGCUGAAAACUUUGCUGACAAGAAUUGUUUCCGAUAGAAGUUUCCGCAGGCUGCAAUGUAGAUGAUUCUUUCAUGAUCAUAUGAAUUCUCCUUAUCAUAAUACUUUGCUUGAUUUUUUCAACAAAAAUUUGGGACUUAAGAGAAAGUUUUCAGAAUUAUGUGUCACAUGCCUGUAAGAUCUCACAAGCUUGGUUAUAAACAGGAUUACAACCUACAUGUAUAAAGGUAAAAAUUGAAUUCA